AUGCGGUGUGACGGGGUGGCAGUCGGCCUCCUGGCGCAGAUGGCAGCAGAGGAACUGAUCCCGGAUGUCAUCUCCUUCAGCGCCGUCAUCGGUGCUUGCGGCUCUUCGGCAGCCUGGGAUUCGGCGCUGGUGCUCCUCGCAGAUAUGCAGGCUGCGACUGUGCGCACAGAUGCUGCAGCGGCGGGGGCAGUGCUGGGGGCAGUGGCGAAGGCCUGCCCAACCCUGAACACGAUGGCGUGCUGGCAAGUGGCAGCUGGUUCUCUGCUUGAUGGCUUCCAUGGAAGCAUCGACCCGCGGUGA